AAGUCACUUGUCUCCGCUGUUGUAGUAGAUAAGUAGAAUAGAUGUGUUGUUGUUAUUCUGUUAAACCCAUUCAGUAGCAGGUAACAACUUUAACAUGUCAAAUGGGAGAAACCGGUGAAGCUCCAGAGAAACUAAAAAGACAACAAAGCUCCAGAAACUGGAGGAGGAAGUUUUCUGUUGAUGAAGAAGAGUCUCCCUUCGAGAAAAACAGCAGCAGUCUGAGACGGUCACUUCGUAGAGGAAGCUCCUUCUCCUUCCUCACGCCUAGACCACAAUGGGACUUCAGUCUGCAACAUGUUGAGGCGGAGGAGAGAUGCCAGAGGGAAGAGUCGCCUGUCUGAUGAGCAGCUUUUCAUCACAUGAUUUAAUACGACUGUCAGCUGCUGGAAUCCCGCAAACUUUGAUAAUUAUUGCGGCAAGACCAUGCCCAUAUCCACAGCCAUUUAUAUUAAAAUAAGACCGACUUCUUCAACCACCGACUGUCUGAAGAUUCCUCAGCAUUCCUCAGACGCCAGGGUUUAUAUCAGCGAUCCUUUGAUAUCACGUAAUGCCUCCAACGUCCAUUCAACAGCUGUAUCAUCCCUCUGCAGAUAUGCUUUGAUCUAGCUUCGCAGCGUCUUCCAUUAAUGCCUCUUAAUAGUUUAUUACAGUGUGUGUAAACUACAUUUUUGCCGGUUUUUAAUUGCUCUCUGUGAUGUUAUACAGGGUUUAA